UUCCGCAUGGAGGAGGAAACCUGUAGUUUAAUGGUUCCUACGGUAAACUCUGUAGUUGAAUCGGUUCCGGGGUAAACUCUGUUGUUUCUGGGCACCCUCGUAGUUUGUGUAGCCUGUUUGUUUUCUAGCCCGACCAUGAAAUAUAUCUAAGACUCUGUUCUUCAGUAUUUAGCCAGUUAGCUUGUAGCGUUAGCCCGCUAACGGUGCCGCUGGAGAGAGAAUGAAGACUUGUAAUGGAAACAGCAGCAUCAUGGACAUGUUCGAAAAGGGAAAGGUCCUGAAGAUCUGUGCGCCCAUGGUUCGAUACUCAAAGCUUGCGUUCAGAUCGUUGGUGAGGAAAUACGACUGUGACAUCUGCUUCACUCCGAUGAUCGUAGCUGCUGACUUCAUACGAUCUGUCAAAGCCAGAGACAGUGAAUUCACCACCAACGAGCGUGACCGGCCCCUGAUCGUUCAGUUUGCUGCCCACGACGCUCAGACUCUGACUGACGCAGCCUGUGUAGUUGCACCUUUCUCAGAUGGAGUUGACCUCAACUGUGGCUGUCCUCAGAGGUGGGCUAUGUCAGCUGGGUAUGGUGCGUGUCUCAUCAACAAGCCUGAGCUCGUGAAAGACAUGGUCAGACAUGUCCGAAACCAGGUGGAGAAUCCAAACUAUACCACAUCAAUCAAAAUAAGAAUUCACAAGGACCUGAGGCGGACAGUGGAUCUUUGCCAAAAGGCAGAAUCAGCUGGUGUGUCGUGGAUAACAGUCCACGGACGUACAGCUGAAGAACGCCACCAGGCUGUUCAUUAUGAUGCAAUAAAGACAAUCAAAGACAGCAUAUCUGUACCAGUCAUUGCCAAUGGAGACAUAAAGUACCUCCGUGAUGUGGAGUCCACUCACCAGCUCACUGGUGUCGAUGGUGUGAUGGCUGCACGGGGGCUGCUCACUAACCCUGCCAUGUUCGCUGGCUAUGAGGAUACUCCUUUGGAGUGUAUAUGGGACUGGGUGGACAUCGCUAUCGAGCAGGGCACUCCCUUCACCUGCUUCCACCACCAUCUAACCUACAUGCUGGAGAGGGUUAGCUCCCAGCCUGAGAGAAAAGUGUUCAAUUCUCUAUCCAGUACCUCAGCUGUAAUAGAUUACCUCCAGAACACAUAUGGGUCAGUACAAGACAUGGCAACAUCAGUUCAUUGAUAUGUGAUAUAUUUGAUUUUAAAUGUUUUCCUUUUUUAAUGCCAAAUAAAAUGUCAAAGCUA